AUGUUUGUUCUCAAUGCGCGAUCGAAGCCAAGUGGAAAAACGGGAACAGUUCGGUGGUUAUGUACAUUAUCAAAAAAAGGCAGGCAGCUGAUCUAUAAAUUAGGAGACUUGAACAUUGAAGGCAAAGGUGAAUUUCCAAACAAGUGGCAUAUCCCACAAGCCAUACCGCUUAAAGAAUGGAUUAAUAGAACCCGUAACAUUGAUGAAAACGAAGAACUUGAAUUUACACAUGCUGCAGUCGGUUGGGCCCAUGCGCUUGUUGCCUUCAAAGACAGACAAUCGAAUAAUUCGCAAAUCUUCUCAUGGGGAUUAAAUACGUCAGGACAAUUAGGUUUUGAUGUAACGACAGGAAAUCACGGCUUUGUGCAAAAUCUUCCAUCUAGUUUCUUGGUCAAUUCUCUUCACU